GAAGCUUGUUGACAUACUUAAGUCAAGUGACAGUGUGGUUGAAGCUUGGAAUGCAUGAAUUCUAUAAGGCACAAGUAAUCAGGAACAGGAAUAGAGUUCAAAGCACCAAAAGUUCAUUUCAUGCUACUUAUACAUAAGAAUCUGUUCUAAUAAUGGUCAAGCCAAAUUAACCCCAGAUAAGAAUUAACUGAAUUCAAGGGGGCUGGACUUAGUUUUUUGUGGGAAUGUAAUGACUCAAAACCGAUGGUGUGUUUGACCUCACCCAUGUGCUCCACCCAUGAGAUGUCAUCUCAUACAAAUUCAACCCCUGUAAUAAGUUGUUGUUUAAUGAAAUGUGCAAGUCUAGUCAGUUAUAAUUUGUCUGAUAAAUGAUAGUUAAGCAAGAAAUGGUUCAUACAAUGUGCGCACAAUCAUAUUUGUAAAUGAAAUAUGAAUAUAAACACAAAAUAAAAAGUAGAUGAUAUACAUCUGCCAUAUACAAAUUUGUAACACAAAGACAUUUGAAAUAUUCUUUGUCUAAAUGUCAUUAGAAAGUUAUUCCCAUCCAUCUCCCAGGACAAAGAUACUGGUCUGAAGAAGGCUUUCUGCAUUAUUUUUAUACUUGUAAAUUUGUUGAGAAUGUGAUCACAAACUAACAGUAUAUAAGUUCAGUAUUGUUUCAUCUACUCACUUCUGAAUUCCGGUAGUUGUAGGAUUCUGGUAAUAAAGGAGUUAAGACUCAAUGCUGGCUCCUUUUGGAACGGGCCAGCCUCUUCUCUACAACUAGACAUCUGGAUUUAAUAAAAUCUAGCAAAUGAGAGUGUGCUCUCUCUCCCUUCUUUUAGAGAGAAACUGUCAAAACAUUCCAAUGGUGUGAGGUAAAAUCUGGUACAGAAGUUUCUGGCUGGCAAAGCACAAGACAACUAGCACAACUAUGGCUCCUCAACAUAUCUUGCUUCUGUUGGUUAUCCUGGUCAGCGCUGUCGAUGGGCAACAGCAGUUAAUGGAAUACAUGGAGAGAAGGCUGGCUGGUUUAGAGGAACGCAUUUCCCAGUGGCAUGAUCAGAGCAGCCGUUAUUCCACUGAACUGAGAGAUUUCAAGAAUAAGGUGGUGUCCAUGUUGGAGACAGUGGAAAAAGAUAAGGAAAUACUCCGUGCAGAGGUGGAAAAUACUGCAAUACGGGUGGACCGACUGGAGAGAGAGGUGGACUAUCUUGAGACCCAAAAUCCUGCUCCACCCUGUGUGGAAAUAGAUGAUAAGCUAAUGGAGAAUCAGGCUUCUCCUGGCAAGAAGCGCAAGAAUGAGAAAUAUGACAAACUGACAGAUUGCAGUGACACCAUAUCCCAAGUCAAAGCCAUGAAGAUAUUAAAGAGGUUUGGCAGCACUGCUGGACUCUGGACCAAAGACCCCCUCAGUAAUUCAGAGAAGAUCUAUGUGUUUGAUGGCACCAGCAAUGACACUGUCUAUGUUUUUCCAAGGAUGAGAGAAUUCACCCUCUUUUCUGCUACCCGAAAGGCUGCACGCAUCAAGUUGCCCUACCCAUGGGUUGGCACAGGACAUUUGGUAUAUGGAGGAUAUCUUUAUUAUAUUCGGCGGCAUGGCACAUUUCAGGUCAAGUUUAGCUUGACCAACAAAACAAUUGUUGAUAGUUCUGUCUUCCCAGCUGAGGAACAGAUCCCCGUCUUUGGUCUCACAUCCUACAACUACAUUGAUUUGGGGGCCGAUGAGGAAGGCAUCUGGGCUAUUUAUGCCACCCAAGAAAAUGAAAGAAAUAUAGCAUUGGCCAAACUAGAUCCUACAUCUCUAGACAUUGAGCAAAUGUGGGACACACCAUGUCCGCGGGAGAAUGCAGAGAGCGCUUUUGUUAUCUGUGGAGCUCUCUAUGUAGUAUACAAUACCCGGUUGCCCAGCAGAUCCCGUAUUCAAUGCACCUUUGAUGUCAGUGGCUCAAUGACGUCUGAAGAUGCUGCCCAACUCUAUUUCCAGCGAUAUGGUUCUCACUCCAGUAUGAAGUACAACCCCAAAGAGAGGCAGAUCUAUGCUUGGGAUGAUGGCUAUCAGAUCAUUUACCGUAUGGAGAUGAAGAAGAAGAGUGAAGUCUGAAAAAGGCCUUUGUCUCUGGCAAAAGAGAAUCUGAAACAUAUCUCAGUGCCACAGGUUAUGACUCAGAUAUCAUACAUGUCAAGUGGUGCAUAGCGUAGGAAGGCAGCAGCCACAACGAAGACUGAUUAGACUGACCUUUUAAAGGGAAAUACCUUUCUGAUAUAUUAAUGCUUUUAAACAGA